GGUGCCGUGGACAACGGCUCCAUUGUUAGGGCGGAGAGAGAUGUAUCUUGUCAGUAUAUCCACAAUCUUUUAUAGCACUAACACAGAAACAAGGGGGUUUGUUCAAACGUUUAAACUGAGCGCUGGGCGUGCAGCUUCGUAGAUCUACGGAUACUCUGAACUAAUAUUACAUUGAGCGCGACUCAAUGUAAGAUUAAGCAAGCGCGCCAAAUCUUCGAGUUCUGACAGAUUUGAACAGACCAACACAGUCAUAGCACUGCGCGGCAAAGGCACAAACAAAAACAUGUGGGUGCAGCUUUGAACAAACUGCCCCUAUGACAUCACUACAGCUGAGAGUAGAGAAGACACACUGGCCAAGUGAGUGACUGAGCUGUGGCAGAGGAGAGGGGUCAACAUGGGGCUACACUCAGCCCAGAAGAAGCACUUUCCCCUGAAGGGGAUUGGUGGUGUGGUUGCGCUGUUCGACGCGGAGCUCCGUAAAUCUGAACCGGACCUAGCCCUUCUCUCAUUGGUCCUGGGCUUUGCAGAACACUUCCUGGCUGUCAACCGGGUCAUACCAAUAAACGUCCCGGGGGUGCGCUUUGAGCCGCUGGAGCCAGACUGCCCAAACUCCUGCUUUCCUACAGUGGAGUUAGGGAUGCUAUCGGCCCUGCACGAGCGCUUCGCAGCCCAGAUCCGGGGCGCUGUGGAUCUGUCCCAGUACCGCAGGCCUGCUGGCGGGUCCAGCAGGGAACUGGUGAAGAAAGUAUCUGACGUCAUCUGGAACAGCCUGAGCCGCUCCUACUUUAAGGACCGCGCCCACAUCCAGUCCCUCUUCAGUCUCAUCACUGGCACAAAGCUGGACAGCUCGGGGGUGGCGUUUGCGGUGGUGGCAGCAUGCCAGGUGCUGGGGCUGCGGGACGUGCACCUGGCCCUGUCCGAGGACCACGCCUGGGUCAUCUUUGGCAAGAACGGAGAGGAGACUGCAGAGGUCACCUGGCACGGAAAGGGCAACGAGGACCGGAGGGGGCAGACAGUUGCUGCCGGUGUCGGUGAGAGGAGCUGGCUGUACUUAAAGGGUUCCUAUAUGAAGUGUAACAGGAACAUGGAGGUGGCCUUCAUGGUGUGUGCCAUCAACCCCUCUCUGGACCUGCACACUGACAGCUCCGAGAUGCUACAACUUCAGCAGAGGCUUCUAUGGCUGCUGUAUGAGCGAGGAGACCUGGAAAGAUACCCCAUGGCCAUGGGCACCCUGGCAGACCUGGAGGACCAGGAGCCCAUCCCUGGCAAAGAGAGCCCCCACGCCAUCCACCUUAAAGCUGUGAACUCUGCUAAGAAGUACUACAACAACGAGCACAUCUACCCCUUCAUGUACCUGGCCGGCUACCAYUACAGACACAGGGAGGUCCGGGAUGCCUUGGGGGCCUGGGCCGAGGCUGCACAGGUCAUGCAGGACUACAACUACUUCCGCGAGGACGAAGARAUCUACAAGGAGUUUUUUGACAUUGCCAACGACGUCAUCCCCACCCUSCUGAAGGAGACGGCUGCAGCCGCCGAGAGCGGAGAAGGGAGCGAGGGAGGAGAGAAGGACCAGCCCAUACAGGCCGCUGCCCUCUCUGCCCUCCAGGACCCAGAAUGCUUUGCCCACCUGUUGCGUUUCUAUGACGGCAUCUGUAAGUGGGAGGAGGGUAGCCCCACCCCUGUCCUUCAUGUUGGCUGGGCCACCUACCUGGUCCAGUCCCUCAGUCGCUUUGACCCACAGAUCCGUCAGAGGGUGUCCAUCAUCACCAAAGAGCCUGAGCCCCAGGACGACGAUGACCAAUCCAGUGAGGACCCUCGUGAAGGCCGGAGACGUGGCCCGAGGCGUGAGUCCAGACUGGAAGACCAAGCUUCCCCUCCUACACAAUCCACCCCCACCACCCCUGUCCCACCRCCAACCCAACCCAACCAGGCUAAGAAAGUAGGUGGCGAGGGCGGGACGCGGCGUCGCUCUUCAGGGCUCCGCGGUGGAGACCCCGAAGGCAAGGCCAAGUCGKCCAGCCCGGUGCCCUCUCCUCUCCAGCAGCUGCCCUCCCCCAGUGGGAGUCCCCUGGUGGCCUUCCGGAGCAAGAAGAUGAAGGGCAUGAAGGAGCUGCUGUCUGCACCCAAGGUCAACGCCAGCGCCAUCAAGCUCCAGCUCACCGCCCAGUCACAGGUGCAGAUGAAGAGGCAGAAGAGCACGCCGUCGGGAGACUACACCAUGUCCUUUAUGAAGCGCCAGCGUAAAUCUCUGUAGAAGGAGGACUCUGUCUGUAGAACAUUCCUCUAGCAUGGUUCCCAAGUCUGGUUGUGUUGUAAAGCCAACACUUAUGGUCAUUUAUCAUAAGAGUUGACUAUACAGCACACAGAGAUCUGGGACCAGGCUAGACUUUCUCUUCAUUGGGAGAGAAACGAGGAGAGGCUGUCUGUAGGACAUUUCCGUUGUGCUGUGACUGUGAGAGGCGAGGCAGCACAAAAAAGACUGCCGYAUCAACUUGCUAGCAUCUGCUGCGCAUUCUGCGAUUUACUUUCUUUUUUCAUCCAAAGUUUAUUUUAGCAAUCAUAUCAUAAGUCCCAAUAAGUAGGGCCGGGACGAUACCAGUAUCACGAUACUCGUUAGUAUUGUGGCAAGGAAACAAAACAAAGCAGGUUUAACGUGUAUUGGAAAACCUCCCUAAUGUUGGAAACAUAAAUCAUUAAGUUGUAGGCAUCCACAGUCACAUUUGUUUAUUUUCCAAGCUAUAGUGCACAAUAUUGUACRUACAGCAGGUUUUGUAUGGUUUGUGUUUUCAUUUUUGCCGUGGAAAAAUAUUGUGCUGCUGGCAUCGUCCGGGCCUUACCAAUAAGGUCAUACGAGGGUCGGUUAGCACAUGACGUGUGUGUUUAAGAGGGGAGGUAGUCACUUUAAUCAAGUUUGAACAUAUGUUGACCAAGUUGCUCCUCUUAAUCUUGUGAUUCAAUAAUGAUUGUGUAUCAUACAAUUUUUUUUUAAAUGCUAUCACUUUGUGAGGAUCAACUGGGAAGUGGGGCACAUCAACUGUUGAGUUCUCGUUGACUUGUGUGGAAGUUAUUUUAAAGGCAAAGUAAUGGGCGUUUAGAUGAUGAAAACACCCUGUCCCUGAACAUUUUAUGGGAUGGGAGAAUUGCUCUGUUAAAGCAGUCAGAAUUCCAUUCUAUAUUUUCAAGUCUUGACUAAAUUUUCGUAUUUUUGACUGAAAUCCCUGGAAGUGAUUCGGACUAUUACUGUGUAACAAUGUCCAACCCUUCUAUGUUGUCUCUUACAUGCUAGCUAUUGGUUGCCUUAUACGUCGCCUUUUUUAUUUCAAAUUUAGGUGGCUUUUUUUUAGUUUUGAGACUAGCCAGAGCUGCAAUAGGCAACCUCAUGAUUAGAAAGUGACCAGAAAGACCAUGCACUGUUUAAAGGRUAUUGCUGUAGUUUUCCCAGCUACUACAUACAGUAGUAUUUUGCUUGAUUUAAUUUUUUUUAUUUGCAGGUAAUAAAAUAAUUUCAAAUAUGA